AUGGACCGUAUAACUCAAAACCCAACAGAGCUCCUGAGGCUUGUGAACAUGGUAGUCGGAGGUGUAGCCAUUGCUGGAGGUGUAGGAUCUUUAAUUCACCAUUCAUUCAGCAGUAUCAUCAUAGGAAUAUAUGAGGUUGUGGCUGGCGCUAUCACCAUCUUCCUCGAAAUUCGAAAACCUACAGAAGAGCAUAAAGCUCUCGUUCACAAAUACGCGUCAUUCAUGCACUCUUUCAUUGGUCGGGGUGUAUUCUACGUACUAUUAGGUGUCUUGAUGCUCAACUACUAUACCCUUCUCUAUGUCUGCGGUACUAUAGUGGGUGCCAUCGGAUUAGCCUUUGUCGGAUUGAAUUUCAUCCCAAUGUUUGAACCUCCCUCGACCAUGCAGCCACCUACUAUCGACGCGGAAGCUCAGCCUGUCUGGCAAGGACCUACAGAAUAA